AUGCAUCUGAGGGCAUUCGUUCAGACAUCGCAGGAUCACCGAUUUGGCUCGAGCGCCAGCGCACUGAGAGAGCAUGUUCAGGCCAUUCAAGCCUGCCGGCGGUCCCAACUCUGGCACAGUGCUCUUGAUCUUUUCGCCUUCACUUCGCACCAGAGUUUGGAGGUCAACGCCGUGGUCUACACUGCAACGAUCUCGGCAUCGGCCUUGCAGCAGUGGCCAAAGGCACUGCAGCUAUUUGAGGACUUGCAGGAUCGCACUUUGGAGGCUGAUGUCAUUCUGCACAAUGCAGUCAUCGGCUGUGAUGCCGGAGAGCAGUGGAAGCUGAGCUCAUCCAUAUUCAGCAACCUUCGCUGUCGUGCUAUUCAAGCAAGUCUGAUAUCAUACAACUCCUUCAUCAGUACCUGUGACAAGGCUGGCCACUGGGAACAAGCUGCAGCUUGCCUCAUGCGUUUGGAGCGACGACUUCAAGCUGAUGCAAUCUCGUACAAUGCGAUGAUGAGUUCCUCUGGAUCCGCCAACUACUGGCAGCUUGCGGUGAACUCGUAUGCAAGGCUACGACAAGCUCAUAUCCAACCAACUCGUGUCACCUGCAACACGGCCAUCGCCAUCUGCAGGCAUUGGCAGUGGACGUUCCGCAUUCUGUCGGACGGAUCAAACAUCAGCCUCCUUCCAGAUGUUAUCUCGUAUUGCUCCGUGAUGAGUGCCUGCGAGAAAGCAGCCCUAUGGCAAAUGGCAUUGCAUCUUUUCGCAACGAUGACGGGUGACCAACUAGAGGCCACCAGCGUUUGCUACAACACUCUCAUCAGUGCCUGUGGUUCGGGCCACCAGUGGCAGAGGGCUCUCAUCUUGCUCUGCGAAUUUCUGGAGGUUUCUCUGGAGCUGGGUGCGCUGACUUGCAAUGCUCUGAUGACCGCUUUUGGCCGAGCUGGACGAUGGCAGCAUGCUGCAAACCUACUGCUCGAGAUGUCGCUGUGGCUUGUGUGUGAUGAUAUUAUCUCACACUGUGCCUGCAUCUCUGCGUUCGAGCAAAGCGGUCAGUGGGCAGGAGGCCUGGCAAUGUUGCGGACGCUGAAUGGAGCCAUGCUGCAAACGAGCACUGUGGCGUAUACUGCUGCUGCCGGAGCCUGCGAAAGAUGUGAUAGAUGGCUGGACUCCGUUGACCUUCUGUGCAGCUUGCAGCUGGCCGCGCUGUCUGCAAACAUGCCUGCCUACAGCACCGUGAUGAAUGCCUGCUCCACCGCAGGCUAUUGGCCCAAGGUGAUGCACAUCCUUCAAUGCGCCCAACGGACGGCGCUGUUGGUUGAUGUCAUUAUGCGUGGUUCUGUCUUGAGUGCAUGCCAAUCCGGCACGCAAUGGCACCUGGCAUCUUCCCUGCUGGGCUCGGAUGUGCUUGAUGUAAACUGCGUGCUGUGCGGCUGCGCGCUGGGCAGCUGCGCAAAAGCGGCGCACUGGCAGCGUGCGCAGCAGUUGAUGCGGGACGUUGGCGAGAGCGCAGUCGAGGCCAACGCGCAUCUUGGCAAGCACUUCCAGGGCAGCUCAAAGAGUCAUUUCACUCGGCCAUUUCUUACAGCAUUGCAAUGCAAGCCAGUGGACAUCUUCCGAAUCGCUGGCCACAUGCAGUCAAUGUCUUCGACUCUCAGCAGUGGGCUGGUGAUUCAUGCUGGACUGCUAGCCUCGGCCAUGAGUCCGUCAUGGCAGAAGGUCUUUGUGCUGCUGUCUUUGCUAAGGCUUCAGGCACUUCGCAUCAGCACCAUUCUCGCUGGCACUGCCUUGGCAUCACUCGCGUCACAUGGGUCGUGGUGGCAGGCAUGCGGCCUUUUCCAAGGCUGUACAACCCAAGAUCUCGAAGCCAACUUGAUCUUUAUGAACACGCUUAUUGGUGCCACCGGGACACAUUGGCUUCGCGCUCUUGACAUUCGUUCUCAUCUUUCCCAGCAGAAGAGGAGUUUGGUCACCCACAGUGCCAGCAUUUCCUGUUGCGAUGCUGCCGGCAUGUGGGCGCAAGCGUGUCUACUGCUGGAAGAAGCAAGCUGGAGCCGCUGUUGUCUUGAUGUUGUUGUGAUGACAGCAUGGCAGCAGGCUGUCCAGCAGCUGCUGCAAUUGCAGGCACGCAGCUGCAUCCUCAACCGUAUCCCAACGAGCACAGUCAUCAGUGCUUGCGAGAAGGCCGCUUGUUGGGUCGUCGCUCACUCGCUGCUUCAAAGAUGUCGCUGCUCCACCAUGGAGUUUGACAUUGUCUUGUGCAGCUCGUGCAUCAGUGCAUGCGAAAAGGGCAAGCAAUGGCGAAGGGCGCUGUGGCUGCUGGAUGUUAUUCAAGACAUGCUGCUUGAAGCCAAUCCCAUUACUUUUGGGGCGGCCAUCAGUGCCUGCGAGGUUUGUGACCAGUGGCAGCGUUCUUUACACCUCCUCGAAGACAUGCAAGCUCGCUGCCUGCGUGCCAACAUCAUCACUUUCAAUGCAAUAGUCAAAUCGUGUGAACGAGCAAUGAAGUGGAACGAAGCUGUGCAGCUUCUCCGACUUGCACAAGGGGGAAUGUUGCAGCCGAAUAUCAUAACGUAUAAUGCAGCUCUGGCUGCAUGCAGUUGUGCAAGUAAGUGGGACCAAGUGCUCACGCUCUAUCUCGAGCUUUGUGCCAGCGAGCUGAAUCCUGAUUCAGUGGCCUAUGCUGCCGUGAUCAGCGCCUUUGAAUUCAUGGACCUCCAGCAGGUCCCGCCAGUGUUAUCAAAGCUGGAUUCCCUUGGCAUAUUGCGCAGCAGGUUGGCCACCAGACUAGACGCCGCAGCUCUUGAAAAUAGACCCUGCUGA